AUGUGUACAUAUGUAAAUAUACAUGUAUGUUAUAUUUUGACCUUUCUUUACUUUGAUUUUCUACUUGGACAACAGUGUGUGCCGAUGCCUAGUAGGGCAGUUCUUCGAAAAAAGGCUCGACGCGAGUCAAAACGUCGGAAAGAUGAAACUGAGGGCAAAACUACUGCCUUUAAGCUGCAGGCUAUGGAGCAGUUAGGGAAGUCCCAUAAGGCAGACGCCACAAAACAUGUGGCCAGUGACCGGAAGGUGCAGUGCAAUAAACGUCCGCGUGGGGAAACAGUGAAGGAAAAAGACACGGAUGUCUGUGAGGUACUUGAGGGCGCUAGCCGAAAGGAACGUAAGCGAUUCGAGGCAAAGCGGCGGUUUGAACGACAGCUGGGAGCGCUGAAUCGGUCACUGGCAGCCGUAACUUCUAAUACUGAUGGAACUUCUAGGGAUGCAGCGCCCUCUGCUGAGGAGGCACACCAACGACAUGAUCCUAAAUACAAAAACGGGACUUUCUGGCGGGAUCGUAAGGAACGGCGAAGAAGAACCGUUUUCCUGGGUAAUGUACCCGCUAAGCUAACCGAACAAGACGUUACCAGUCUUAUUAGUGACACUUUGAGAAAAGGGUGGACACCACCUGAAGAGGAUGGCAUUGCUGAUGUGGACGUGGUUAUUGAAGAGGAAGUUGUGGAAUCGGUGGAUUUCAUUAAGUCGAUGCCCCGAGCGAAACGGCGUCACAUGUAUGUGACCAUGUGCUCCAUAAAGGCAGCUGAGUCUGCCACUAAGCUGCUUGAUGGGAAAAUGAUGGAGGGGAUCGCAUUGCGGUGCAAUUUCGCUGCUGAUAAAGUGCAGCGCGGCGAAGCAAUUCAGAGGCGGUCGGCUUCUGGCAGCGAGCAUUAG